UUACAGGUCACAUGACUUUGCUGACCAAAACACUGCAAGCUCGCUGUAACAAACUGCUGGGAAAGACAGGUCGGGUUAAUUCGGAGAUUUAAAUCGAUUUAAAUGACCAAAUAAUGUUGUGUGUUUGGCUUUUUUAUAAGUUAAAAGUCAUUUCUGGACUCACACAAUAGUACGGGGGUGACCAAAGCUCGCCUGAUCAAAAAUGUGUCUGCCAUUACUUAGUGCGGUGUUGCUCGCAGCUGCGUCUUAUAUCACAACAACGUCCUCCUCUUCAGGCAACACGUGUGUUUCCAGAAGCUUCGGCCAUGACUCGGUGGUGUGUGAGUGUAAUUCCACGUUCUGUGACAGCGUGGGCGCCGUGGUGCUGCCAGCGGGGGGUCACUACGCCGCCUACCUGAGCAGCAGGCAGGGCAGCCGGCUACAGGCCAGCCAAGCUCCCGUCAGACUCAACAGCACCGGGGGCCUGAGACUGACUCUCCUUCCAGACAAGAAGUAUCAGAAAAUAAGAGGAUUUGGUGGAGCUCUGACGGAUGCAGCGGCCAUAAACAUCCUCUCACUUUCUGCUGGAGCACAGGACCAGCUGCUGAGACAGUACUUUUCCACUGAAGGUAUCGGCUACAGCGUUGUACGUGUUCCAAUGGCCAGCUGUGACUUUUCCACUCGUCUGUACACCUACGCUGAUACAGUUGGGGACUACAACCUGGAUAAUUUCACACUAACCCCUGAGGAUGUAAACAUGAAGAUCCCUCUCCUACGUCGCGCCCAAGCCAUGUCUCCAGGUCCCUUGUCUCUGCUGGCCAGUGCCUGGAGCGCCCCCGCCUGGAUGAAAACAAAUGGUGCACUGAUUGGAAAAGGUUCUUUGAAGGGACGACCAGGCGGGAAGGAGCAUAAAACCUGGGCUCAGUACUAUAUCAGGUUCCUUGAGGAAUAUUCCAAGUAUAACUUGACCUUCUGGGCCGUGACCACUGGGAACGAACCCACAGCAGGCCUGAUGACAAACUACAGUUUCCAGGCCCUGGGUUUCACUCCUGAGGAGCAGAGGGACUGGGUGGCCUUGGACCUGGGCCCCGCCAUUCACGCGUCUUCAUUCCCGCACACGCAUGUCCUCUUGAUGGACGACAACCGCCAGCUGUUGCCUUACUGGGCCAAAGUGGUCCUGGGUGAUAUCCAUGCAGGACGUUACAUCCACGGCGUGGCGGUCCACUGGUACAUGGACAGCUUCUUCCCUGCCGCGCCCACCCUGGGUGCGACCCACGCCUUGUACCCGGAGUAUUACCUGUUCGGCACCGAGGCCUGCGCGGGCUGGACGGCGCUGGACCGAGGCGUGAUGCUGGGCAGCUGGCGUAGGGCGGAACAAUACGCCCACGACAUCUUGGACGACUUAAACCAUCACGUGACAGGCUGGACUGACUGGAACCUGGCACUGGACCAGACAGGCGGCCCAAACUGGGUGAAGAAUUUUGUCGACAGUCCCAUCAUCGUGGACGCCCAGCGAGACGUCUUCUUCAAGCAGCCCACCUUUUACAGCAUGGCACACUUCAGUAAGUUCCUGCAUGAGGGCUCUCAGAGAGUGGGCGUGUCCCCCAGCGGGGAGACGGGGCUGGAAUUCUCCGCCUUCAUUCGACCCGACGGCGCAGUCGUGUUCAUCGUACUCAACAGGUCGUCUGCAGACGUCCCGUUUGAAGUGUGGGACCAGACUGUGGGCUACGUGCCGUCCACGGCGCCACCGCACUCCUUACUCACGCUAGCCUGGUACACUCAGGGAUUCAACCUGUAAGGUUGCUUUUCACCAAAAGAGUCAUCCUAAUAUUUAUUGGAAUAUUGUCAGAAGAUUGUGUAGUUGUUUGAGGUGAAAUGUGUGCAAUUAUGAGACUACUUUAAUAACAUUCCAACAAAAAAAGUCAACAUGAAAUUGUGAAAAUAACGUCAUAUUUUGUCAGGGGGAAACCCCAAAGUGUAUAAAAGAUUGAAUAUUUUAUAGAAAAACAGUUGAAAUAUUGUAAGAAUAGGGGUGUCAAACUCAUUUUAGAUGGGGGGCCACCUGGAGAAAAAUCUACUCCCAAGUGGGCUGGACUGGUAAACUUACGGCACGAUAACUUAAAAGUAAAGACAACUUCAGAUUGAUUUCUUUCUUUAAAGGGGAACAUUAUCACAAUUUCAAAAGGGUUAAAAACAAUGAAAAUCAGUUCCCAGUGGCUUGUUGUAUUUUUUGAAUUUUUUUUCAAAAUUUUACCGGUCCCGGAAUAUCCCUAAAUAAAGUGCCUUAUUUUCGCUAUCUUCGAAACCACUAUCCAUUUACCUGUGACGUCAUACAGUGCUGCCAAUACAAACAACAUGGCGGUUACCACAGCAAAAUAUAGCGACAUUAGCUCGGAUUCAGACUCGGAUUUCAGCGGCUUAAGCGAUUCAACAGAUUACGCAUGUAUUGAAACAGAUGGUCGGAGUAUGGAGGCAGAUAGCGAAAACUAAAUUGAAGAAGAAAUUGAAGCUAUUGACGCUAUUUGGCCAUAGCGUGGGUGUACCUAAUGAAGUGGCCCAUAGCAUGGCUGCCUUAUUAGCAUCGCCGGUAAAAUGUGCGGACCAAACGAUCAGGACUUUCGCAUCUUGUGACACUGGAGCAACUUAAAUCCGCCGAUUGGUAAGUGUUUGUUUCGCAUUAAAUGUGGGUAUCAAGUUUCAAAUGUACAUACAGCUAGCGUAAAUAGCAUGUUAGCAUCGAUUAGCUGGCAGUCAUGCCGCGACCAAAUAUGUCUGAUUAGCACAUAAGUUAACAACAUCAAUAAAACUCACCUUUGUGAUUUCGUAGACUUAAUGGUUGCAAAUGCAUCUGCAGGUUAUCCAUACAUCUCUGUGCCAUGUCUGUCUUAGCAUCGCCGGUCAAAUGUGAAAACACUCUGGUACAUUCAAUGGGGGUCUGGCGGCAGAUUUCUUGCCAGUGGUGCAACUUGAAUCCCACCCUGUUAGUGUUGUUACACCCUCCGACAACACACCCACGAGGCAUGAUGUCUCCAAGGUUCCAAAUAAUAUUCGAUAAAACAGAAAAUAACAGAGCUGAGACCCGGUGUUUGUAAUGUGAAAAUGAAAAUGGCGGGCGUGUUACCUCGGUGACGUCACGUUCUGACGUCAUCGCUAAAAGACCGAUAAACAGAAAGGCGUUUAAUUCGCCAAAAUUCACCCAUUUAGAGUUCGGAAAUCGGUUAAAAAAAUACAUGGUCUUUUUUCCGCACCAUCAAGGUAUAUAUUGACGCUUGCAUAGGUUUGGUGAUAAUGUUCCCCUUUAAAAAUAAAACAAGCACAUUCUGAAAAUGUAAAAAUCAUAAUGUCAGCUUUUUCUCUAUUUACAUUAUGUGGUUAAUAGUAUUCUACCUUUAUUUGUCCUUAUUUAUACAAUCUGAAUAAAUGAUGUGAUAAUGUUCA